AUGACGGAGACUUCAACCUCAAGCAACCCUUUGUUGCCUCUCAAGAAACGCAAGAGACCUGUCGAUGACACAACAGACAAUGUCCUCGCUGUUGCCACAAAAAAGAUUGCACUUUUAGGGAAUUCAAAAUACAAAGGAGUAGUUGAACAUCAUCGUAACGGUCACUGGGGGGCUCAGAUAUACAUUGACCACAAGAGGAUUUGGCUAGGAACUUUCAAAUCUUCUGUUGAAGCCGCCAUGGCUUACGAUAGCGCAUCCAUCAAGCUCCGAAGCUUUGAUGCUACUUGUCACAGGAACUUCCCUUUGAAUACUUCCACGGUUCACGAGCCGAACUUUCAAAAAGGCUACACAACGGAAGCUGUGUUGGAGAUGAUCAAAGACGGUUCUUACCAACAAAAGUUUAAAGAUUAUCUUAGUCUCCCUUUUCAUAAUGUCGCUAGUAUCAACUUAGUUGGAUCAGAACGAGUCCAAGGAGAUCAAGACUCAACCAAGUACCGUUUGACAUGCACAGAGCUAUUUCGGAAGGGAUUGACUCCAAGCGAUGUUGGAAAACUCAACCGGCUUGUGAUACCUAAGAGGCAUGCAGUAAAGUAUUUACCUUUCAUAAACGAGAGAGAAGAGGGUGAAAUAGUAGAGGAUGUUGAGGUUGUGUUUUUUGACAAAACAAUGAGACAGUGGAAGUUCAGGUAUUGUUACUGGACAAGUAGUCAGAGUUUUGUCUUCACCAGUGGAUGGAAACGUUUCGUCAAGGAGAAGAAUCUCAAAGAGAGAGAUGUUAUCGUCUUUUACAGAUGCGAUUUAGUAGGUCAAAGCAAGAACUUCUUGAUGAUCCAUGUUCAAUACAGUUCUGAGGGAGAAGUAAAAACAGAGAACUUCGUUAACUCUAAGCUAAAAGAAGAAGAAACCAAAUCAGUGGACAACAAAGGAGGGUUUAUGCUCUUUGGUGUUAAGAUCCAAUAGCUACUUCGUUAGAGUUUGUUUCUAAUAUAGAGUUCAUAAUGUACUUUUUUGAAUUGCAACAGUUAAUAUACUGAUUUAGUUGGAAACAAGACUUUUUCAAAUCAAAUCUUCUUUUAUAGUCGCAUAUAACCAAAAGAAGAGAAAAAAAAAACGGAAGGAGAAAUCUCAGAAAAUAGCUUAGAAAAAAAAAUCUCAGAAAUAUAAAAUUAAAACUUACGAAUUAUUUUCUUAGCGUCUUGAAAAACUAAAAGUUCAUUAUUGAUUGGUAAAUAAAAUCUAAAGUUUUUU